CAAGAGUUUUGAAACAAUGCCACUGCCUUCGAGCUCACAAGAAGAAGAUCGAGAGACACCAGCGCAUACCACUCGGUAGCAAUAUUCUGACUGCGUUCCAGAGACAUGCUGUGAUAGCCCCGAAAUUCUAGUUCGUCGCCACCUGGGACACCAAGCACUUGAUUGCAUUCAACUUUUGGAGAGGAAAGCCACAAAAUGUCCGCUCAUCAUCAUGAUCACGGCCAUGGCCAUGGCCACGGUCACGGUGAUGGCCACGAUCAUUCUCACGAUUUAGAACCAGCUCUUCAAGCGAACCUCUACAAGCAAAUCAACUUUGAAGGCAUAAUCACAUUGAACGAGGCUGAACCUCGCUCAGGUGCGGCUGUUGUCCAGAAGACAUGGGAUGAACGUCUUAAUGAACAGCCCACCCUCAAAAGCGACGCAGACGAGCAACUCCUCAUGCAUAUCCCUUUCGCCGGUUCAUGCAAGCUAUAUUCGAUCCUCAUCCGCACCUCGGACACCGACUCAGCACCCAUGACCCUCAAACUCUUCCGCAACCGCGACGACAUGGACUUCAGCACGGCCACAGACUUGAAACCGACCCAAAUUCUAUCCCUCCCGAAGAGCAACGAUGUCGCCGAGAUCCCCUUGAACCGCGCUCUCUGGAACGGCACGACGUCCAUCAAUCUCUUCUUCGAGGACAACCACUCUGGCGGCGACGAGGACGUCACUCAGAUCGCCUACCUAGGCUUCAAGGGUGAUUUCAUGGCUCUCAACCGCGAGCCGGUUAGCGUUCUUUAUGAAGCUGCCGCAAACCCUCAAGACCACAAAUUGAUCCAAGGAUUGACCAAUGUCAAUAAAUCAAUGCCUGGGCAAUAGCCUCGUCCUCUCGCCCGCUAACACGCGAAUAUGUACCAUCAAAUGUAUACCAUACCAUGCCAUACCAUGCCAUACCAUUCACACUCGCG